AUGCUGGCCUGCCGCACAAAGACAAGCCACAACUCGCUCGAUAGCGACCGGCGUCCUAACACUCCACGCUUCUCCUUCCUCGGCUUGGAUGGUGGCUUCUUUUUGCAAGUAAAGGCGCCACCCGUAAACUGUCUUCCAUGCGGCAGAAGCUCGGAGAGAGUAUUUUGCACUCCCAACGCCAAGGGUUGCGCGGCAGAGGUGAAGAGAAGCAUGGCGCACGUCCCCGAACCUGCUUUCGAGCGGGUGCUCCAAGUCGAUCGGUCAUUUCAUUCGCAUUCGCAUGGCGGUGGCCUUUUGCCGGCACGACCGACUCUCCUGGCGUUCGAGCGCGCCCGCCCAUCAGGAAGGGCUCAUGUUCGCAACGCCACGCUGUCUGCUGCGGAAAGGGAAGACCCGAGAAGUCAAGGUCACGAUCUAUCCGGAGCAGUGCUUGGAAGUCGUUCGGAUCCGAGAGAAAGGGAAGACAAAUCAUGUGAGCGUGAAGCAGGCUAUGCAUUGAAAGUUUGA